ACCAAUAGUCCCGUCACCUGUUGCGCAGCGGGAGAGUGGAAGCAGCCGCGGCGGGGCGGCGGCGGAUAUGGCGGGGGCGUCCGGGAGGGAGCCGCUCCUCCGCUCCGAGAUCCACGGCUUCAUCACCUACGCAGACCUGAACUUUGAGAAGCUCAAGGCGGAGGCCGCGGCGCGCUGGUUCCGGCCGAAUGAGAUCUACGCGGUCCUGGCCAACAAUGAGAGGUUCAAGGUCCAUGCGCAGCCCAUCGACAAGCCCGUCAGUGGUACUAUUGUUCUGUAUGAUCGUAAGGUCGUCCGUAACUUCCGAAAGGAUGGUCAUGAUUGGAAGAAAAAGAAGGAUGGCAAGACUGUCCAAGAAGCCCAUGAAAAACUGAAGAUAGGUAAUGAAGAGAGGGUUCAUGUCUAUUACGCUCGAGGUGAGCAUAAUCCAAAUUUCUUUAGGAGAUGCUACUGGCUGCUUGACAAAGAGGCUGAACGCAUAGUUCUUGUGCAUUAUCGUCAAACAUCUGAGGAAAAUGCCAUAGCACAUCCUAGCACAGAAGCCGAAGCAGAAGCGCCUACAGUAAAUGUGAUUCAAUAUAAUACCUCUCCUCCGACUUCAGCAGAUUCAGUCUCUGCUCAUACUGAGCUAUCAUUCUCUACUCCUGCACCAGAGGAAAUUAACUCACAUGGUGGCAGUGCAAUUUCUAGUGAAACUGGCGGCUCUACUCUGGAGGAGUUUUGGGUACAUCUACUCGAGUCAUCUAUGAAUAAGGAUACUUCUUCUUGCGGAGGAUCCGUGGCAUUCAGUCAGCAGAUUGAAUAUGGACCGAAGGAUUCUGAAAGUAACAUCAACAUUGCAAAUAAUGUACCUGCAAACCAUGUUGGAGCUCUGGAUCAUCAAGGAGACCAGCCUCAAUACCUUCUAACACAAGAUCUAGAUUCUAUAUCACAGCAAUUUCUAAAUUCUUCGCAGAAAACUCUAGUGGAUGGUAAUAUUCCUAAUGAUGUGCCUGCUAGGGAGAACAGUCUCGGACUGUGGAAGUACUUGAAUGAUGACAGUCCUUGUUUAGGGGAUAAUAUUGUGAGCAACGAAAAAUUCUUCAACAUCACUGAUUUCUCCCCAGAAUGGUCUUACUCGACAGAGCAUACCAAGAUCCUGGUGGUUGGGCACUACAAUGAGCACUACACACAUCCUGGUGGUUCCAAUAUGUACGGUAUCUUUGGUGAUAAUUGUGUUGCUGCACAUAUGGUUCAAACUGGUGUUUAUCGUUUCAUGGUUGGACCACAUACACCUGGACAAGUGGAGUUUUAUUUGACUCUGGAUGGGAAAACGCCGAUCAGCGAGGUUUUGAGUUUUGAGUAUCGUAGUAUGCCUGGCAGUUCAUUGCAGACUGCGUUGAAGCCUUUGGACGAUGAAUACAUGAAGUCAAAGCUUCAGAUGCAGAUGAGACUAGCUCGUCUACUGUUUGUUACAAACAAGAAAAAGAUAGCACCAAGGCUUCUUGUCGAAGGUAGCAAAGUUUCCAAUCUCAUCUCGGCAUCGCCAGAGAAGGAAUGGACGGAUCUGUGGAAAAUUGCUAGUGAUUCUGAAGGUACACAUGUUCCUGCUACCGAGGACUUGCUUGAAUUAGUAAUGCGGAAUAGAUUGCAAGAAUGGCUUUUGGAAAGAGUAAUUGGAGGCCAUAAGUCAACCGGCCGUGAUGAUCUAGGACAAGGACCUAUCCAUCUAUGUUCUUUCCUUGGGUAUACUUGGGCUAUCCGCUUGUUUUCUGCGUCCGGGUUCUCCUUGGAUUUUCGUGAUUCUUCUGGCUGGACAGCUCUACACUGGGCUGCAUAUCACGGAAGGGAAAGAAUGGUUGCUGCUCUUUUAUCUGCUGGAGCAAAUCCAAGCCUGGUUACAGAUCCUACAUCGGAUUCCCCUGGUGGAUGCACUCCUGCUGAUCUGGCAGCAAAACAAGGUUAUGUGGGCUUAGCUGCAUAUCUUGCUGAGAAAGGAUUGACCGCACAUUUUGAGUCUAUGUCACUGUCCAAGGAUACUGGGCGAUCACCAUCAAGGACGAAACUGACAAAAGUACAGAGCGAGAAGUUUGAGAAUCUUAGUGAACAAGAACUUUGCUUAAAAGAAUCUUUAGCGGCCUAUCGAAAUGCUGCUGAUGCUGCUAGUAAUAUCCAAGCCGCACUAAGGGAUAGAACCCUUAAGCUCCAAACAAAAGCAAUUCAGUUGGCUAAUCCUGAGAUUCAAGCAGCUGCGAUAGUUGCUGCUAUGAGGAUUCAGCAUGCAUUCCGGAACUACAAUAAAAAGAAAGAGAUGAGAGCUGCUGCACGAAUACAAAAUCAUUUCCGCACAUGGAAGGUCAGAAGGAACUUCACAAACAUGCGAAGACAAGCUAUCAGAAUACAGGCUGCAUACCGAGGCCAUCAAGUGAGACGUCAGUACCGCAAGGUAAUCUGGUCUGUUGGAGUUGUGGAGAAAGCUAUUUUGCGAUGGAGAAAGAAGAGAAAAGGCUUGCGCGGCAUUGCAAAUGGAAUGCCAGUAGAAAUGACAGUGGAUGUGGAACCUGCAAGCACCGCAGAGGAAGGUUUCUUCCAGGCAAGCCGGCAACAAGCUGAGGACAGGUUUAAUAGAUCAGUGGUACGUGUUCAAGCUCUGUUUCGUUGUCAUCGGGCACAACAUGAGUACCGGAGGAUGAGGAUUGCUCAUGAGGAGGCCAAGCUGGAGUUCAGUGAAGAGCAGAAGCAGGGACCGGGACACAGGAGCUGAAUUGGCUUUGUAGGUGCCUUGUAAUUCUCUUCUUGUAAAUUAAGAAGAACCACAGCUUGAGGAUGCUGAUGUACAUUUUAGGACCAUCUGAUGCUUUUGGGGCAGUCUGGAUUAUGUAUUCUCUGCUAGCGCAUGUUACCAUGGUUCGCAAUUUGCCAGGGUUUUAGCUAUGGCAUUGUGCUUGCAGGUGUCUGUAGAUGCAAGUACCGACCAGGUUGUAAUUGCUAACAAUAAGUGCCGCCUGGGCCAGUGACCUAAUAGGAUAUUUUAUCUAGCUAGUACUUCCUAUUGCUUGCUUUCA